AUGGCCGCUCGCACUGCUAUGAAACAAAUGCAAGCGUCCAGCGUUGACUACUUCUCGACAGAGAAGAGGUCUCUAAGCUGGAUAGGAUCAUACGGCAAGGAGAGCAGCUCUUAUAACGACUCAGAACAAACAUCAGACUCGUGCAACUCCACCUUGCCGUCUCCAACCUCACCAGUGCCUCCAGCCUUCGCACCAGCUGGUUACACUCCGCCAAAGAAUCCAGACGUCAAGUCUGAACAAGCCUCUAACUUUGGUACCUUUGAAGACUGGAUGCGCUGGGACGAUUCUAGUGACGUAGCCCUAUCACCAACAUUAUACUUCCCGGAUUUUAAGACAGAGCCUGUGUCCCCCACCAUGUCGGGCCUCGAGUUUCCAGAGAGCGGGCACGGCAAUGCAACCGAGGAGGGAUCAGCCGUAGCAGACGACUCGGCUAUCUUCAUCAAAGACUCAAUGGUCGAAGAGCAGCUACUCUUCCCGACUCCAAAUGCUCGAAAUGAUACACCUGCCCGCGAAGGUCCCUAUCUAACACCACCCUCAUGGAAAGACCCAGCCGCAGGGAGUACUAGACCAAGCCAAGAAGAAGACGGCCGCCUCCCACCUCACGGAGAGUCCAAGGUCUGCAGCAUCGCCAUGAUGUCUCCCAAAGCCCGAUGUUCCGCCUCCCCGCCCUCCUCACCCUCCUCACCCUCCCACGCCGGAAGUCGCAAGAGAAAUUCCAGCGUCGAAAAAGACGAGGACGGUGAGAGCCCCGAGCCCGCUGCCGAUGGUUGCCACCCGCCCAUGAAGAAGAUGGCGCACAAUAUGAUCGAGAAGCGCUACCGUACGAACCUCAACGAAAAGAUCGCCGCGCUGCGGGACUCUGUGCCUUCGUUGCGGGUGAUGAGUAAGAAGGACUCGCGCCGUGAGGACUUGCAGGAGGACCUGCAAGGCCUGACGCCCGCUCAUAAAUUGAACAAGGCCACGGUCCUCUCCAAAGCGACAGAGUACAUCACCCACCUCGAAAGACGCAACAAGCACCUCGCGAAAGACAACGCGUCGCUGAAGUCCCGCCUGGACGCCUUCGAGAUCAUGGUCGUGUCCAGAUCACAACCGCAGCAACAGAACCAUCUGGCUAACCAACAGCAGCAGCAGCAGCAGCAGCGCCUGCAACGACACCCAAUCGCGGGGAGACACCAGAUGGGCAUGACCAGGCGGCAGUAUCCCAUAGAUGGCUUCGACACCUCCAUGUGCAAGUAG